AUGGAUCCAGCCACAGCGAUAGACCUCUCCUGCAGCAUUCUUGACCUUGGAAACCUUGCCUUAAGGCGGGUUAAGGCAUUCCAAAAAGUUCAUCAAUCAUCGCAAACUCAGAGACAAGCCGAAAGGGGCAUGAAGGAAUGUCUCAACAGCAUGCAAGUCAUCUGCGACCUCGUCGACAGCAAAGAGUUAUGCAUUGAGACACAAGAUCGGGUGUCAAUACAACUUCGCGAAAUCGCAGGAGAUGCUAUAUCACGGAUAAAGGCCGUUUCGAAUACCCUGCAGAUGCUACUGGAGAAGUGCGGCGUGCAAAGAGGGCGUAAACUGAAAUCAAAUGCGCGGACGUGGAUGAGGGAUAUGAUCAGCAAGGAGGAGAUCGAACAUUAUGUGAUUAAUUUGGAGAGAUGCAUCUAUGACCUGAGUUGCAUAGUCGCUUUGAAUACAAGCCACCAACUCAAAAAGCUCAGCGACCAAGUCGGACACUCUCACGUCCAAAGUGAUAUUCAAACGACGCAUCAGGAGCUCAUCGAACACAUUGUUAAGGGCAACACAACCGUCAGCAAGGCAACCAAGCUGGUACGCAGAGGAUCGGCAGAAGCCCGACAAAUGUUGCAUGAGCACGAGGUCCUACAACGUCGGCAGAGUGGGCGCUCGGAUUCCGGAGUCAAAUCAAAGAAUGUCACUCAGAUCGCUCUGGCAUUGGGGGUCGGAGCAAUUCAGUUCUCAGAUCUUAUCCAGAACAGGAGCAACUUGUUCCGAAGCUGGCUCGAAGACGGAUCGGGGAUCUUUAAGGUGGAUAGCACCGAUGGUUCUGCCAUUUCUACGGCAAUCAGGUUUCUCGGUCAGGAACGAGAUAUGAGAGAAUUUAUAUACAGAUGGGCAUGGACUGAACAGGGUCGCAUGGUUCUCGGAACCUGUUUGUUUUCAAUAGUUUCAGUUUUGGCCAUUGCGGUUGCGGUUGCGGUUUCUAUCUCACAGGACACGUCGUACAUACCUGUCAAGGAAAAAAUACCCCUUUAG